AUGCAUAAAAGAGAUCGCAGUCUCCCUAUAGAUCUAAAAAAAAUCGAUAAAUUAACUGAGAACAUUUUGAUUCUUCGAGAUUCCUUAAGAAGCAAAAGAGAAAAAGUCCAAGAUUUCAUCAAAAGAAAAUCUAAGUACACUAAUGACUGAUUGUCAAACCCAAUUUUUAAAAGGGUAGAAUUUAACUCGACAAUUGUUUACCAGGAUGAAAAGCGAAAAGCAAAUGAAUUUUGAAGUAAAAUCAAGCACGACGAAAAAAUCAAGGCGCUAGGCUUGCAGGAAAGGUACUUUUCUCUAGAACACAAAAAUGGGGUAAACGAAUGUGAAGCUUAUUAUUUUGAUAAAAAUUCCUGAAAUAAAAUCAGGGAGUGCUUUAAUAUCCAAAAACGAGAUUUUGGGAAGCAAAGCCAGUUGAAUAAAACUAUAUGGUUCACAAAAGUAGCAAGAAAAACACCAAAAAAGAGACAAACAAAACUUUUGAGAAGAGAUAAAGUGAUAGAUGGUGAACGACGAAGAAUAUAUAAAGGAAUAAGCCACGGGAAGGUUGUAACAGAAGAUUUCACUAGACCUGCAGCAGAGAGUUCAGUGUCAUUUUGCUUGCCAAUAGAGCAAAAUGAUGCUUCACUUAAAAAAACAUUUUUCAAAAAUUUUGCAUUGACGCACAAUGCUUAA